AUGGAGAUUGAGCUUGUGAAUAAAAAACUGACCACCACAGACAUAGAGUCUCGUCUGUCCUAUCCAACCGGUAAUCUCUGGCCUUUUCAAAUGGUGCAAGGAGAAAACGCUAUCAGUCUUACUGCAAGAGAUCCCACUGGAAGAGUGUGGGAAUUUAAGCUUUCUACAAGAAAUCAUGGUCGUUACAAUAAACCCGUCAUCAGAGGAGGCUGGUUGAAGUACGUUCGUGAGAAGGGCCUUACAGUCAAUGAUUCUAUCAUCUUAACAAUGGUAGCAGAUGAAGAAAAUGGAGUCAGCUAUAACAUUAGAGUUGAGCCGAAUUUGGAACUGGCUAUUUAG